ACACGGAAGUAGCUGGUGCAGAUUUUAGUUCAUGAAUCAUCCGCUUGUGCUGCAGAUCGGUGACAGAAAUCCUGUUCUGGUUCAUUCCGAAGAGAGAAGAUGGACUCUCGGUUCCUGCUGGUGGUUUUCAGCCUUGUUGCUUGUGGCAGCGCUUUGAAAUUUACGAGAUAUAACAACGUACAGGUUGUGGGAUUCGACUGGAAGAACUGUGGUAAACCGGAUGCGCCCGCCGUGUUGAAGUCACUCAGUGUGUCCCCUGAUCCCAUCUCCAUCCCGGGUGACCUGACAGCAUCUGCAUCUGGAUCCACAACCGUGGAGCUCGCCGCACCGCUGUCUGUGAACAUGACUCUGGAGAAGGAGGUGGCGGGUUUCUGGGUGAGGAUUCCCUGUCUGGACGAGCUGGGCAGCUGCCACUACCCAGACGCCUGCGAAAUCCUGAACCAGCUCAUCCCGCCGGGUCAGGACUGUCCGGAACCGCUGCAUAGCUACGGGCUCCCCUGCCACUGCCCCUUCAAAGCCGGCUCCUACUCUCUGCCAACGUCAGAUUUCUCCGUGCCCUACCUGGAUCUGCCCUACUGGCUCACAAACGGAAACUACAGAGCUCAAGGGGUCCUGGGCAGCAAAGGCGAAGAGCUGGGCUGCGUGAAGCUCACCCUCUCCAUCGCAUCAUCUUCCAUCAACGAUAAUCUGGUGUGAGAUUUAACUCUCCUGAGGCUGAAGAACGGGGACCAACAGGGGUCAACGCACCUCACGGUUCCGAUCUUUCCUACUUCCGCAAAGCAUUUUCUAGCAUUCUGAGAGAAAGUUCCCUUCUUAAAGAACAAACGUGGCGAGUGAAUCAUAGAUGUGACAGUUAAUAACGCACAGCAGCCUUUAAAACUAAUGCCAAAUAAAGUCUACUAGAAUACAGGUACGAAGGACGAUCCUGGCGUUCAAUAGGAAUAUUGGUGUUAAGUUUUUCAUGACUUUUACUUUCAUUUUGUUUAUUCAAAACAUGUUCAGAAUUUUUUUGGACUGUUAUUCAUGUUAAAUAGCAAAGUUUCCAAUCAUGAUUUAUUUGUUUUUUUUUCUUCAACAAAAUGAUUUUGAAUGGAGGCUCUUUAGGUGAGAAACUUUGAUCUAGUGCCACUAGGGUUUUUAUUAAAAUGUCUUUUCACUGUACAGUUUCAUUUUUUUAAAAUAAAAAUGAUUUUAAAUAA